AUGGAGCUUUACUGCCUGGAGUCGGACCUAGCCGUGAGAGCCCAGCCUGACCUAAACAUCCUCUGUGAUGACAGAGUGCUGCAGAGUUUAUUAACAAUCGAGGACAGAUUUUUACCUCAGUGUUCGUAUUUUCAGCGGGUCCAGAAGGAUAUUCAGCCUUAUAUGAGACGAAUGGUUGCAGGCUGGAUGCAUGAGGUGUGUGAAGAGGAGAAGAGCAAUGAAGACGUCUUUCCUUUAGCUAUUAAUUAUUUGGACAGAUUUUUAGCAGUGAUGCCCACAAGAAAGAGUUACUUGCAGCUUCUGGGAGCUGUGUGCAUGUUUCUGGCCUCCAAGCUAAAGGACUGCAAGCCCAUAUCAGCAGAGAAACUUUGCAUGUACACAGAUAAUUCAUUCUCACCACGGGAACUGCUGGACUGGGAACUGGUUGUGCUGGGGAAGUUGAAGUGGAACAUGGCCUCCGUCAUCCCCAAUGAUUUUGUAGAGCACAUCAUACGCAGGCUGCCCCUCCCCAAAGAAAAGGUGGUGAUGGUCCGCAAGCACACACAGACGUUCAUCGCCCUCUGCGCCACAGAUGACCGCCUUGCUAUGAACCCUCCUUCUAUGAUAGCCUCCGGCAGCAUGGGAGCCGCUAUCUGUGGCCUGCAGUUGGACCACACUGACCAGAGGCUGAGUCGAGACAACCUGACAGACCUGCUGGCCAAGAUCACCAACACGGAGGUGGAUUGUUUGAGGGCCUGCCAGGAACAAAUAGAGCGUGUGCUGACCACCAGCCUGCAGCAGGGGCAGCAGUACCGGCAGGAGACUGGCGUCCGGGCCGGCAGCAAGGCGAGGGAGCAGCAAGACCAGUCCAGCACCCCGACAGACGUGCGCGACAUCAACUUAUGAGCUCCCAACGUCACCAGACUCGCACAACACUCAUGUUUGCCAGCCAAUGAACUGACAGGAGUGAGGGCUUGUGAGCUGCCAGUAGAUCUGCAUCAAGUCACCACCUACACCCCCACCCUCUGUUGAGUGAUGGUGUGACAAUCGAUGAACUUUUAGAAAUUAAGAGUUUCUAGUUUUUUUUUUUCCUUCCUUUUUUUUUUUUUGCCCCAUUCACACCUGGUUUGGGUGUACUUUCACCUUUUUUGUACGGGCCACAUGUAAUCAAACAGCUACUUUAAAAAAAAAAAAAGGAAAAAAGAAAAGAUUAAUUCUUGAAAACUUGAUAGUGCCUUAGGUUUCGAGAAAGGAAACCUGAAUAUAUUUUCAUACUUGAAAAAAAAAAAAGCAUACAUAUUCCUUUUGAUAAUACCUAGCAAAGUGAAUAUGAUACUGUAUAUUUAGUAUUUAGUUAUGUUACUCUUUAAAUAUCUCUUAGCAGUUAUCAAUUAAUAGUUUUAAUGGGAUGUUUCCUUUUCUGGAAAUCCGUAUAGUAGUGAUUCAAAUGCUGAUAAUAAAUAUAAGGCAUUUAAACCAAGCUGAUAUCCAACCAGAGGAGCUCUAUUGCAGCUAGCUCCUCUGCCUACCAUACUGUGCACCUGUAGUACUGCUUACUAUUUAUGCAGAAGCGUGCUGGCUAGGAGUGGGCUGGGCCUGCUCAACAUAGGGAAGGACAUGAAGAUGGUUUAAGGCGUGCAUUAGAUGUGCUGACAGGACCGUAUGUUCAUGUAUUUGCAUUCAGCAAAGCUAUGCCGUCGUUUGUGUGGUGUUUUUAUAGGUGAAGCUUGUACAUAGUGGAGGGCACCGAUGAUGAAAGAGGAGUUCUGGCAAGUUUCUUACCAAGUUUGAGAGAGGACUGGAGUAAGUGAAGGGUUUGUUGGUAGGUUUUUAGGAUAAAAGAGAGCAUGAGGAAAGUGGGUUAAAAAUGCAGCAAGUGUGGAUCUAUGAUUAUUUUAAGCUUUAUGAUGUUCAUGCAGUCGCACGAUACUUGAGUGACACGCAGGAGGAGGAAUAAUAAUAAUCCCUGGUGAUGUCCGGGUGGGUGGGGUGGGGGGUUCAGUUCGGGUGCACUGCAGUUUCUCGUGUUCAGCAGUUAUACCAUUUUUAUUCUUUUAUUCUUAUUUUUUGCAGAGAGGGCGAUUUGGAACAAUAUCGAUGCACUUUUAAAAACACUCCUUAAAAUCGGUAAGGGGGAUCGUGGUUGAGGAGAGUUCAGACAGGGGUUUAGGGGUCUUUUUUCUUUUGGUUUUAUUAGUUUUUCUUUUAAGUUAUUAGGAUUUUUUUCCUGGGCUGGAUUCCCAUGGGGGUAACACACGUUUGUCUUGAAAGCUCGACCCCUACAGGUGAGUAGUCAUAGGAUAAUAAUCGGUGUUAUAGAGUAAUUGUUUAUAAACCAAGAAAAGCCAAGUCAUGUUUAGACUUCAGUGCAUAUAUUUAACUCUUGAACUUGAAUUUUUUUUUUUUUCAAAGCAACUCCAACCCCUUUCCGCUACUUCUUUAAAAUAGUUACAGUCUGUAUCCUAAAUAUUCUUGUUUGUGUUUUGUUUGUCUACACCGCUUUCUGAAGUUUUAAAACUGCCAUGUAUGCGAGUUUUACACGUAUUGAAUUUCUCAUUAGACCAGAAAUGUAGUUUCUAAAUCGUACUCCUGCAUGCUCAGUUUGUACAAAAAAAAUCCACAAAAAAUAAGCCAAAUGUUCCCCCUCUGAAAGAAUGCUUUAAGCUGAAAAAUGUUUAUGCUUUUAAAGGUUUUGUUUAGGAUUUUUAAAAGCAACAAUUCCAAAGUAAGUAGAGAUGGAUUAUAUACGUCAUUCUCUUGCUGCUACGAAGCUUUUCUUUUCUAGUCUUACACAAAGAUGCCUUAUUGUCAUUCACACGUGUGCUGCUAUAUUAUGAAAUAUUGUGUAUGUAACAAGUCUUUUGCUUAUUUUGUGUGUGUGUUUGUGUGUGUAUGUAUAUGUGCGUGUGUGUGUCAUCGUACAUGUACCGGAGGGAACGUAACAGUUUGGUGCGGGACUGGAAGUACUCGUGUUUGCCAAUCUCUUUUGAUUAGCAUGUUUUAUUCCUCUAUUGAUUUGUAACUUUGUAAUCUAUCAUAUUCUUGCUGCUUCUUUGUAAUGUUUGUGUACCUCAGGUUAAUUUGGACGGACAGAGCGAGAACCCAUCUCAUUACCUCAUCACACACACUCACUUCACAUCACACACCUCUUUCACUCUUAAUUCAUCGGACGGGUUUUACUUUUAUGGGGGAUUUUUCACCCCCCCAACCUUCCCUCCUUUCCCUCCAUUCUGGGUAAGACAAAUAUCCACCACCGGAUGUCACUGAGCAGUUACAAGUGCCUAUAGCCUACUUUAAAACCAUUUCAUAUAUCUGGUGCUAAACUAAGAACAGCCUAUACUGUAUGUGAUGCACGUGCCAGAAAGAGUUUUGAUCAGUUCAUUGGAAUAUUUUUGUUUUCCUGAGGUACCCAUUUAUUCAGAGUUGAAACCAUCAGAAUGUUUUCUUUGUUUGGUGUGGUUGUUACUCCCAACUGCUCUCCCACUAUCUCCUCCCCCCAGUUCAGCCACACAAUGUACCUCAACAAUUUGUCCUCAAUAAAUUGGCUAAAAAUCAA